AUGAAAUUCUUUUAUAGAAAUACUCAAAAACCGAUAACAAUAAAUAAUAGUACGAAUUCAAAUGUAACUCUACCUAGUAAUAUAUUAAAAACAUCUGAUACAAUUAAUUUAAUUGAUGAUGGAAAAGACUUAUCAACAACAUUAACUGCAUCAUCAUCAUCGAUUUUAAAGGCAGUUGAUUUGUCAGAUAAUCUUCCAUUAGUAUUAACUACAUCUACAAACGAACAUCUAUCUACAAAUGAACAUCUAUCAAAAAAACAUCCGGGUUUAUUACGUUUAUUUGAUUCAACUGUUUGUACUAUUUCUAUUAUUAUAUCGUAUUUAUUCAGUACAAAAGAACCUGUUGUUCAACAAUUUCUCGGAAAAAAAUUAUUUGAAUAUUCAUAUGAUGAAGUAGAUUUUUAUUUACCACAGUUACUUAAUAUGUACAUUCAUAUACAAUCAAUAUCGACAGUUAUUCAUGACUAUAUAACUACAAGAUGUUCUCAAAGUGUAGAUUUUUCUCUCGAAUGUGCUUGGUUAUUUGACGCAUAUAUUACUGAUCAAAUGAAAGUAUCAAAAAAACCCAAUGAUGCCGUCCGCCUUUUAUUUGAUAUUUUAUAUGAAAAAUAUAAACCGAAAAUAAUCUAUAUACCGACAUUAGCAAAUAAUUCAAUAACGAAUCAUAAUCAUUUAACACUUGAUGAAGAUGAAAAUGAGAAUGUUACGAUUGAUGAACAAGAUAAAUCUGACACACCAUUAAAUCAAGAAAAUACAAUGAUACAAAUAACUAAAACAAAAGGACAUCAAAAAUCUAGAAGUGAUGCAUCAGACGAUUCAGCGGCAAUUAUAAAUGAUGAAAUAAAUAAACAACAAUAUCGUCGUCAGCCGAGAUUAUAUUUAGGUGAUCUUAACUCAGGUCGUGCAUUUGAUAAUAAUUGCGUAUGUUUUGAUAAUACUUUUGGUUUUCGACGACAAGAAUGUAUAUGCAAUGCACCAAGAUUAUCACCGGAACGAGAAUUUUUGGCAGCAUUGAUUAAUAUUGGUAAAAAAUUACCACAUGUACCAACAAAAGAAAAAAAAACUCAAAAUUUAAUUGGUGAAAUGAAACGAAUGAAUAUGAAUUUACCAGCUAGAGUUUGGAUUCCAUUUUAUACAUUUCCACAUCAUGUUGUUAGAAUUGCAUAUACAGAAGCAACUGUAUUGAAUUCUCGAGAUCGUGCUCCUUACAUUGUUUAUAUUGAAGUUGUACUCUGUGAUAAUGUUUUUGUAUCUUCGUUACCUUCAAAACAAUUUGAUAUGAGAUUACGUUCAACAAAAUCAGAAGAAAAUAUGCUUCAUCCAUUAAUAACAAUCAAUAGCAUAAUUAGUGAUUAUCCUAAUUAUGAAACUCGAAGUCUUGAUACAGAAUCAAUUGAACCAUGUCAGUCAUUGGCUAAUGGUGAAGAUACUGAUGUAUGGUCAGUUAGUGAUGAAACAACUGGUGAUGAACAACAACAACAACCAAUUCCAAAACGUAAUAGUUUUGCACAUCAUCGUUCUCAACAUUUAAUACUAAGUGCAUAUCAUUCGGAUACUCAAUCACUACGUUCAGUUGAAAGUCGUACGAGUCAACAGGAGAUUACACCAGCUGAAGUACGAAGAAGAAUAAGUGAAGCGAAAUCAACUGGUCCAAUUUUGUUUGAUCGUGAUCCUGAUGAUCCAUCAGCAGCUACAUUAAAAGAACCCUGGGAUAGAAAAGAACAACGAAUUCGACAAUCAUCACCUUAUGGUCAUCUUGAAAAUUGGCAAUUAGUUGCAGUCAUUGUUAAAUGUGGUGAUGAUCUUCGUCAUGAAUUACUUGCUUAUCAAUUUAUGGUUAAAUUAAAAGAAAUCUGGCGUAAUGAACAUGUACCAGUAUUUGUACGUCCAAUUAAAAUUCUUGUUUUAUCAAAUAAUAGUGGUUUGAUAGAACCCAUUCUAAAUGCUGUUUCUCUUCAUCAAAUAAAGAAAAAUUCGAGAUUAUCAUUAAGAGAUUAUUUUCUACAUGAAUUUGGUAGUGAAAGAAGUGAAGAAUUUUUAACAGCUAUACAUAAUUUUGUUGAAAGUUGCUCAGCUUAUUCUAUUAUUACUUAUUUAUUACAAGUUAAAGAUCGACAUAAUGGAAAUAUUUUAUUAGAUGAUGAAGGUCAUGUUAUACAUAUCGAUUUUGGUUAUAUGUUAUCAGCUACACCAAAAAAUUUAGGUUUCGAAAGUUCACCAUUUAAAAUUACACAAGAAUUUGUUGAUAUUAUGGGUGGAUUAGAAAGUGAUAUGUAUAAAUAUUAUAAAAUACUUAUUUUUCGUGGUUUAAUUGCGGCCAGAAAACACAUGGAUCAACUAAUGCCUAUUGUUGAAAUUAUGCAACACGGUUCACAAUUAAAUUGUUUUUCAAAAGGAAAUGUUACUUUAGGAUUACGCGAACGAUUUCAUUUAAAUAUGACAGAUGAACAAUUAGAAUUUCAUGUAGAAAAAAUGGUUGAAAGUAGUUUAAAUUCAUUAACAACAAGAGUUUAUGAUACAUUUCAAUAUUAUACUAAUAAUAUAAGCAAGUAA